GUUCCAACAUAGCGAAGAAAUAAUGAACGUUCGAAUCUUGAACGCCAUCACUCGUUUCGUUUACUAGGUAGAAAGGCAUCUCUCAGCCGCAUCGCACGGUCGAUUACCAAGGUUUCCCUACGCAAAAACGACCCUACAGCCCAUUGCGCAAACGUAAAGCGAACAGAUAACUGACGACCGCGAGGAUCUUGCCCACUGCGGACUGCGUUACUUGUGAACGUUGUGAAAUAGGUUAUGCACCCAUGCGUCCAUUAACCAGUGAUGCCUUGUGCUCGGUGUGAUGCCGUCGUGGUUUUGCGUACGUCCUAAACUUGAGCCGUUCGCGAAUAUUUUCACUGGAAAGGUCGCGAUGAAUACAGCCGACAACCUCCGAGAUAAUCUACUAACUGAAAAAAAAAAUUAAUCUUACCCUGGUAAAAAAUUAAUUAUCUUGCCUCCAACCUCUUUUACACGUAGGAGGAUUUUGUGUCAGUGAAUGCUCAAUUCGAUAAAGAAUGACCUUCGCGCAACGGUUCAGGGACCGACGAAUCGUCGUCGACGCAUUGGCUCUAACCUUCGGUAUAGGAACAUGGCUGGGGGUGAACGGUAUAUUCGUUCAGUUACCCUUGCUCAUUAACAAUGCUCCUGAGGGAUGGGAACUGCCAGCUUUCAUAUCUGUGAUAUCACAGCUGGGCAAUCUCGGACCCCUUAUCUUCGCCCUGUACACCAAGUACGCGAGCCGAUCUCGGGACCACCUCAUCAUCUAUGGCCUCCUCGGUGCUGGCACGGCGGGGAUGUUCUGUUUGGUCUUUUUACACCAGGAAGCGACGUACAUCUUCGGUGCUGACAGGUCGUCGGCGCUCUUGGGUUUUAUGUUCGUCGCGGCUGUAGUGGGGUGUACAAGUUCGGUCCUCUUCAUGCCGUACAUGCGUAACUACCGUGAAAUCUACUUGGUCUCUUACCUGGUGGGUGAAGGGCUCAGUGGAUUCCUCCCCAGCGUUUUGGCGCUGAUACAAGGGGUCAAUGGUAACCCGGUGUGCGUUAACGCGACGGAACCAGAUUCCGCGAGUCCGUUUGUUCCCUAUUAUCAAGACCCAGAGUUCUCGACCGCAGUUUUUUUCGGGAUACUCGGAGCACUCCUUUCGCUGAGCUUUUUGGCCUUCGUCGGACUUAACUACCUCCCAGUCAGCCGAAGCGAACGAGUAAAACCACCCGGCAGCACGGAGACCCUUCCAACUGACCCAGACGCUCUGCCUACCUACAAGAACACCAAUUCGGGGUGGACAAUGCCGAAACAAACCUACAUCUAUCUCCUAUUGAUGAUGGGAGUCGUAUGCGCACUUGGAAAUACAGGGCUUUCCAGCAUCCAGUCGUACUCGUGUCUUCCAUACGGAAACGUGGCCUACCAUCUGGCCGUCACACUCGGUACGAUGGCUCUUCCUUUGGCCAUGUGCAUCGGGUUUUUCGUGAAAAAUAUCAAAGUUUGGAUGUUGAGUAUUUUGACUUUGGGAAUAAUUGUUCUAGCCUCGUUUGUCAUUUACCUAGGAUUAAUGUCGCCUUCUCCGCCGUUGCAGCACACGAUUGGGGGGAAAAUAAUGGUCGUGGUUGUUUGGGUCGUAGUCAAUGGACUCGUUGGGUUCGUUAAGCUGGCGAUAACGACACUGUUUAGGCCUGAUCCUGGUAGGGGGCUUUUUUGGACCGGAGUAGCGAGCCAAAUUGGCUCGAUGAGCGGUGCGAUAAUUAUGUUCUCGUUGGUCAAAUUCACCAACAUAUUCGUGUCGUACUCAUCUUGCGAUCACUACGAUCCUACCGAAGGUACCGCAGCUACGUAGGAGGAUUUGUUCCGGAUGUCCUGAUUCCUUGCACCGAGCCAAAACCUUUCAGUAUUUGUAAAAAAAAAAAAAUUAUUCUUCAGCGAUCACUGAACAUGGACCUCGUCUAACUUGUUGUUGAAAUAUCCUUCGACCAAACGAAGAAGCUAAACGAGUAAUUCAAUCGAGUACUCAAAAAUACCGAGUAUCGGUACACCUUGCUUACGAUAAUGAGCACGAGAAAUGUAUGUCGGUCUCGCAAUCAAUGUACAUACUGCGGACAUUUCGGGUUUGAAAAUUGUCGCUCCGGCGUAUCCUGAGUUGAUAACAUUUUUUAGAGAAUUUAUUAGUCCAAUUUUAUUGAUACAUAGUACAAUAUUUAUUAAAUGGCCUUUCGGUUUAGUGUACAAACGUUAAUGGUGUAUGUACAUAUAUAUAUCAAAGUAUAUAAAAUAGGUAUUUGAAAGAAGUAGAUGCGGUAUAGGUAUAUGUAAGUGACUACGAGUCGUACUUUGGGUGUACACUCGUACUUGGAUGUCUUACUUUUGGAAUGUGUGAGAAUAACCGAUUUUUUUUAGGCGGAUCUUAUUUAUUAUCCCUACGAGAAGAGGGCGUCGGAAUUCACGUCAUCGUAGAUCAUGGUGAUAUCGACACUGGUAUGCCUCAAUUAUAAUCGUGUUGAACUGUUGCAACAAUAAAGACGUUCAGCGUUGUUGAUAUGA